AUGUUGUCCAGAAGAACUGCCAAGAGCCUGGCCGCGAGCAGGUCAUUGAGCAGUGCGGCAGGCAAAGGAUGCUUUGACUACGUGAUUGUUGGUGCUGGUUCAGCUGGUGCCGUUGUGGCACAUCGCCUUGUCAAGGAUGCAGGUGCCAAGGUGCUCCUAAUUGAGAAUGGGAAGAGCCAUCAUGGUCGGUGGGAUUGGUGGAAGAUUAACAUGCCUGCCGCCCUUACUUUCAACCUGGCUGACGCCAAGUACAACUGGGAUUUCUACACAGUGCCUCAGCGUCACAUGGAUGGUCGCCGUUUGCACCAGCCACGUGGUCGAGCCUUGGGUGGUUCCUCCAGCCUAAAUGCUAUGGCCUACGUGCGAGGACACGCCCUGGACUACGAACGUUGGGCACAGGAAAUUGGAGAAGAUGGUUCUGCCUGGUCCUACAGGAACAUCCUGCCCUACUACCGCAAAGCGCAAGCUCAUCAAGAGGGCCAGUCUUUGUACCGCGGAGGCUCUGGACCACUUGCAGUGACACGCCGUCGAACAGCAGCCGUGGCAGCAAUCAACGAGGCGUUCAUUGCAGCCGGUGAGCAGGCUGGAUACCCAAGGACAGACGACAUGAACGGCUUCCAACAAGAAGGGUUUGGGCAGAUGGAUAUGACCGUCACACCCGACGGCAAGCGAGCAAGUACUUGGGAAUGCUACCUGCGACCGCUGAUGCAUCCGAAGAACGCAGAGGACGAGGAAGCUGGUAAGCGGCUCACAGUGAUUACCAAUCAAAUGGCAGUGCGCCUACUUUCUGAAGGCAACAAGAUCAUCGGGGUGGAAACCAUCCCCUCGCCCAAGCCGAAGCCAGGUGGUGGCUUCCAGAAAGACAGCUCCGGAGUUCUUCAACAACACUUUGCUCGCGAGGAGGUGAUCCUAUCAGCAGGUGCCGUUGGUUCUCCGCAACUUCUGAUGAUGAGUGGCAUCGGUGAUUCCAAGGAGCUCGAAAGGCUAGGACUCCCUGUGCUACUUGACCAGCCAGCGGUGGGCAAAAAUCUACAAGACCACCUCGAAUUCUACGUCCAGUACUUGAGCCGUUUCCCGUGUUCGCUUUACCCCUGGGCGGCGACGUUUCCGGGUCUCGGUGCUCUGUCAAGGUAUGCGUAUCGCCAGCCCUGGAGGGCAAUUCAUGCUGGGCUUCUCUGGAUGUUGGCCGGGGCUGGCAUAGGCUCUUCGAAUCAUUUCGAAGUUGGCGGCUUUAUUAGAUCACGCCCAGGGAUGCGACAUCCCGACUUGCAGUACCACUUCAUUCCGGGGAUAGUUACCGGGCAGCUGGACUUUCUGCCAGAGCAUGGUUACCAAGCUCACUGCGGCACAAUGCGCCCAACCAGCCGCGGUACAGUUCAGCUCCAAAGUGCCAGCAUUUUGGAUGCACCACUCAUCGAUCCCAACUUCCUCUCCACGGAGGAGGACCGACGCGACAUGCGAGCCGGCCUGCGCCUGACAGUGGAGAUCAUGGAGCAGGAGGCCUUGAAAGACUUCAAGCUCAAGCGCUUUGCUCCCGACAACCUGGACUUGGACAGCGAUGAUGCCGUAGAUGCAUGGAUUCGCUCCUCAAGCCAUUCAGGAUAUCAUCUCUCAUGCACCUGUGCCAUGGGCCAAGUUGUGGACGCAAACGGCAAGGUGAAGGGCUUGGAAAAGCUGCGAGUAGUGGACGCAUCCAUAAUGCCAUCAAUGACAAGCGGAAACUUGAAUGCGCCAACCAUCAUGCUAGCCGAGAAGAUUGCUGACAACCUUUGUGGAAAUGAAGCACUGCCGCCUGCGGAGGAGUCAGCCUGCUUCAUUCGCUCCCGAUGA